AUGUUGUGGCGAAAGGUCCUUGCAUUCGCACCUUUGGCGGCCAUCGGCAGCGGUCAUCUCAACGCUCACGGUAUCCGUUACUCCAAGCGGGACUCAACACUGGAGGUAACCCUCACACCUGUGGUAUCCGACUCCGGCGCCGAGGUUUCCGCCACCUUCAAGAACACCGGCAGCUUAGAUCUCAACCUGCUCAAGGUCGGCACCAUCUUGGACGACAAGCUUCCUGUCCAGCGUGUGUCCAUCGUUGACGAGUCAGCUGGGGGUUCAGUGACGGUCUCCAUCGACGCAGCAAAGGUUCAUCAGUUUACGCAAUCUGGCACCUACUCUAUCACCGCUGAAGGCAUAAUCCCGAUUGCUCUUGCGCCGUCUACAGACUUCUCUCAACCUGCCGUGGCUUUCAAGUCGAACACCAUCCAAGUUGACGUUGACGCAGACGUUGCCGCAAAGUCAUUGGUAACUGCGGCGCUGAUAGAGCGCACCAACCUACAGCCAGGAUGUAAUGCGACAACGUUGGACACCAGCACCAAAGCCCUGGCCAACUGUCAGGCCCUCGCCCUCGCUGCCGCAGCGAUGCAGGUGACCCGUCCUCUCAGCGGAGUGUCUCGGUACUUCUGUUACGAUUACUACGGCGUUUGCGAGCUCGACGGCCCUCUCAAUGCUUACACUGCCUGGGACGUUAACACAAUGGUUAUGUGCCCGCUCUUCUUUGGCCUGCCGCCACUCCCUGUAGGAUGCCACCGACAGUGUCAAGCUACGACUACGAUCCACGAAACCACGCACUGCGAGGCAGUUUAUGCUCCUCACACAGAUGACUACGCUUACGCUUACAACGCCAGCGUCGCAUUACCCCCGGAACGGGCUCUGCAGAAUGCUGAUAAUUAUUCCCUUUACGCCAAUGCUGUUUACAUGGGCUGCUAA